AUGGAAGGACUAAGUGUAAAGGUCUACCACAUUGUAAAUAUAACAAACACAAAGCUGGAACAAAUCAAAGAGGAGACCAGCAAAGAUGAAGAACUCCAGCUUCUUACUCAGAUGGUGAUUCAGGGGUGGCCAGAAAAGAGACAUCAGGUGCAGUCCCUCAUUCGUGAAUAUUGGGCCAUCCAUGAUGACAUAUCAGUGGAGAAUGGAAUCCUGAUGGCUGGAUCCCGAAUAAUUAUACCCAAGUCAAUGCAAAAAGAAAUUCUUGACAAGAUCCACCAAGGGCAUCUGGGAAUGAAAAAAUGCAAACUCCGAGCCAAGUCAGUUGUAUAUUGGGAAUUCAAAAAACUAGCUGAUGAGUAUGGGUUCAACAUUAUAACCUCAUCUCCACACUACCCCAAAGGUCAUGGAUUCAUAGAAAGACAGGUACAGACAGUCAAGAGAACACAAGUCAAAUGCCGAGAAACUAAGGAAGACCCACGCCUGGCUCUUUUGUCCCUACAAGCAACACCACUGAGAGCUGACAUGAAAUCCCCAACAGAAAUGCUGAAUGGCAGGAAAUACAAAACCAUCUUGCCAACUAAGAUCCAACCUCCUAUUCACCAGGAAGAGACAAGAGCGAAGCUAGCAGCCACUCAAGAACAAGCACAGAAAUAUUACAACAAACAUACACAAUAUUUACCUGAGAUACUUGGAGAACAACAUGUGCAUACUCAAGAUCCUAUAACUAAAACAUGGAUCCCAGCACAAGUUGUCAGUAGAGCUGAAACUCCAAGAGUAUACAUUAUAGAAACUGAAUCUGCUAAAAUAACCACUGAUCGUGGACGCCAGUUUGAAACUUCCUUAUUUCGUGAAUUGUCGCGAAUCCUAGGCGUUCAUCACAUUCGUACGACCAGCUACCAUCCAGCUUCCAACGGGAUGGUCGAACGCUUUCACAGGCAACUGAAGGCUGCUCUACGCGCCACUCCUGAUCCACAGUCUUGGACAGAAUUCCUACCUAUCGUUCUUCUUGGUUGUCGCACUACUGUUAAAACAGACUUGGGUUUUCCUUCUGUUGAACUCCUUUACGGUACCAUCCUAUCACUCCCUAGUAUAAUGUUGGUGCCAGACAAUUCAUCGCGUCCUGAUCCAACGUCGUAUGUCACCAGAUUUCGCUCGUAUUUCUCAAGUCUUCCACCCAUGCAUCCGCGUGACCAGUCUAUUCCCUCUCAUGUCCCACCGGACAUUGACAAAUGGACUCAUGUUUUUGUUCGGGAUGAUUCUGUCAAGGGACCUCUCGUUUCUCCUUAUAAAGGACCAUUUCGUGUGCAAUCGCGCACACCCAAAAAUUUUAGUCUCGACAUCAAUGGUCGGGUAGAGACCGUGUCGGUCGACAAACUUAAAAGGGCACAUUUUGGGGUGUCCACAUCCUUCGAUGACACCCCAACCACGCCAACUUUUGAUCCUUUACAACCACCUACACAUCCACCUGCACAUGCACCUUUGAUCACACCAUCACUUUCACCUCCACCUUCGUCGCCACUACCUAACACGAACAAACCUUGUGUCACCAGGACAGGCCGCACUGUGCAUUGA